AUGGCCCAGUACCACUCCCAGCAGGGUCGCGACUAUGCCCGCGGCCCGCCUAGCAUGGGCGGUGCGAGCAGCGCGCAGCGAGAUGCAGCCUUUUCCAACAUAUUCGGCGGGCCGCCGCCUGGCCGAACUCACACGAUGACGGGGCCUAUGCCGCCGCAAGACCGAGCCAACACCAUGUCUGCCGCGACGCAGCAGUAUGCGCAGCGAGCACCACCAAUGAGGCCUGGUGCUCAGCAGAAUGGCUAUGCAGGUCCUUCUGGACCAUUGGAUGGUCCAAAUGGCUAUCCCCAGCAACAGCAGUAUGGCCAACCUUCGCCUCAGCGACGCCCGCCGCCCCAGAACCUGCCACAGCCCAUUCGCCCUGAUCGUGUCCCUUACGGUCAACCGCAGCGACUCGAAGGACGCGGUCCCCCUCCACCUGGCUACCAGCGCUCCUUCACACAGCGCCCCAUGGGCCCGAAUGGUCCUGCUCUCAACGCAGAUCCAUACCGCUCCCAAUCGCUUGCUAUGAAUCCCAGACCGAUGUAUCAACCUCCAGGGGCGGUCGGUAGUCACACCAUAUCCCCCGCGCACGCAUUCCGACACCCAUCGCAAAAUCCGAGCCUGGCCAGAACCACAGCCCACGGCAGAGUAGUGCCCGACAGGCCUUUGGACGAGCGCACAAUGUCCAUGUCGUCGUACACUCGGGAAGACUUUGCGCAAACAAUGAGUGGCAGGACAAUACCUAGUCGUCGGAGGGAAUCGGGAGAUACAACCGUAAGCGAGACACCCACGAUGAAUGGCUAUCACCCCGAUCGAGGGGCAAAUGGGCAUGGUAUAAAUGGAAGGCACGCGAGCUCUGGCAGCYAGUAUACACAAAGCUCGCGGACAAUGUCCAUGGCGUCUACCAUAGCUCCAUCGGACAAUCAAUCGCCACGGCCGUCUGUUGGGAAUGGGCGUUCGGACAGCCAAUUAUCUCGGGCCGGAACGAUGGUCGCACAAAAGCGGCCCUCCCUCGUGUAUGGAGCGCUGCUUUCCAACGUUGCAUCCGCGUUUCGCGAAAGGGUUGCCGUGCAGGAAAAGGAAAAGGACGGUCUGGUCUAUACCAAUGCAUUCAGUGGUUACGAGGCAGUCGAGUUGAUUGCAUAUAUUAUUCGGACGUCAGACAGGAAUUUGGCAUUACUUCUUGGGCGAUCGCUGGACGCCCAGAAGUUCUUCCAUGAAGUCGCAUAUGCGCAUAGACUCCGCGAUUCACCAAACGAGGUUUAUCAGUUCAAGGAGACCAUCAACGAAGAGCCGCCCGAGGUCAAUGGCGUAUUCACGCUGCUCACCGAAUGCUAUUCGCCCACCUGCAACAGAGACAAUCUCUGCUACUCGAUUGCGUGUCCCAGGCGCCUGGAACAGCAACAACGACUAAACAUGAAGGUGACACCGGGGUUGAAGCGGGAGACAUCGCGCUCCAGUUUGCACGAUGAGUUCGACAGUGUUGAGCAGAAGUUGUGGAUCAACACGGUAUCGAAAGAGGUCUCGGACAGCGUCAGUGAYAUGGAGAAGAAACGUCAGGAAGUCAUUUCUGAGCUCAUGUACACUGAGCGAGACUUUGUUAAGGACUUGGAGUAUCUGCGCGACUUCUGGAUCAAGCCAUUGAGGAUGCCCGAUGUUUCGCCCAUCCCGGACCACCGGCGAGAGAAAUUCAUCCGAACUGUAUUCUCGAAUUGCCAGGAAGUCCACGGUGUCAAUUCGCGUAUGGCUCAGGCAUUGACGCGACGACAGCAGCAGAAUCCUGUGGUCCGUAACGUGGGUGAUAUCUUCUUGGAGUAUGUGCCGCAGUUUCAUCCGUUCAUUCGGUAUGGUGCAAACCAACUGUUUGGGAAAUUCGAAUUUGAAAAGGAGAAAGGCUCCAAUCCUGCAUUUGCUCGCUUCACUGAGCGGACCGAACGUCUGAAGGAGUCGCGAAAACUGGAGCUUAACGGUUAUCUCACGAAGCCCACCACUCGUCUAGCGAGAUAUCCAUUGCUCCUGGAGAAUGUGCUCAAGUUCACUGAUGAGACCAACCCUGAUAUCAAGGAUCUUCCAAAGGUGAUUGAACACAUCAGACAAUUCUUGAGUAGGGUGAAUGAGGAAUCGGGCAAAUCCGAGAAUCAUUACAACCUGAUGAACCUCAAUGCUCAGCUCAAGUGGGGAGCCAUCCCGCACAUGGAUCUCAAACUGACCGAAGAGACAAGACAGCUGAUCUUCAAGAGCGCUCUGAAGAAGACCCCCACAGCUGAGCAGGCCGACGUAACCACUUACUUGUUUGAUCACGCGGUACUCAUUGUUCGUGUGAAGACGGUGAACAAGCGAGAAGAAGUCCGAGUCUAUCGCAAGCCGAUCCCGCUUGAGCUAUUGCAGAUCAAAGAGAUGGAUCAAGUGUUGCCCCGGAUGGGGAUCGCCAAGCGACCUUCCUCGAGCAUGAUCCCUGGCGUGGGCCGAGUGGCUGCCAAACCACCUCCUACCGAGCAAGGCUACCCCAUCACUUUCAAAGGUCUCGGCAAGGGCGGCUAUGAGCUGACUCUCUUCUGCACCAACCAAUCCCAACGAGAGAAAUGGAUGGAGCACAUCAUGACGCAAAAGGAGAAGCUUUCGGAGCGACACAAGAUCUUUACCAUGGCAAAGUUGAACGAAGGUUACUUCAACGCAACUGUGCGGGUCAAUUGCUGCAAACCGAUGGACGGUGGAAGGAAGCUUGUUAUUGGCACUGACUUCGGCGUCUACGUUUGUGAGCGAAAGCCCAAAGAUGCAUCGAUGAAGCCGCGCCGAGUCCUAGACACCAAACUCGUCACGCAACUUGAGGUGCUGGAGCAGCACCAGAUUCUCAUUGUGCUGGCCGACAAGGCCGUGUACAGCUUCCCACUAGAGGCUUUGGAAGAGGAAAGCCCCAGUGCUCCAWCAAAACGCGGCCGGCGGAUAUGCCAUGCUAGCUACAUUAACUCCGGCAUGUGCAACGGGCAGACCUUGGUGUGUUGCGUCAAGUCGUGGUCGAUUUCAUCCACCGUCAAGGUGUUUGAGCCCAUGGAUACCAUGACCAAAGGGAAGAAGAAGUCUGGCCUUGCAAAGAUGCUCGCCAGUGGUCAAGAAGUUUUGAAGCCAUACAAAGAGUUCUACAUCCCCAUGGAAAGCAACAGCAUUCACUUCUUGAGGAGCAAGCUGUGUGUAGGAGGCGCCAAAGGUUUCGAGAUCGUGUCUUUGGAAACGCUCGAGACACAGUCACUCCUGGAUCAGGCCGACACCUCGCUCGACUUUGUGGCUCGGAGGGAGAACGUCAAGCCCAUCUAUAUUGAGCGCAACACGGCCGAGUUCUUGCUGUGUUACAAUGACUUCUCCUUCUAUGUCAACAAGAAUGGCUGGAGAGCGAGAGGUGACUGGAAGAUUCUGUGGGAGGGCUCACCCAACGCUUUCGCAACGUGGGGUGAGAAGUACAUACUCGCAUUCGAGCCGGAGUUUAUUGAAAUUCGGCAGAGCGACACGGGCGGACUUGUGUGCAUACAGACGCACAAGAACAUCCGCUUCUUGCAUCAGAGCACGAGAGAGAUUCUUUAUGCCUACGAAGACGAAUUAGGAGACGAUGUGAUUGCGUCGUUGGACUUCUGGGGCAGGCCUCAAUCUCCUCAGCCUCAACUGAAGUGA